CGACCACUUCAGCAAUCACCCAUCACAUCCUCUGUUCUCUCCGCGCAAUCCCAAAAGGGCUCUCGUGCACAAAAUCACGUCAUAGACCAGCUUUGGACACGUCCCGAUCCUGCACGCAAGCACACUCGUGCCCGGCGCAACCGCAAAGCUCUCACCAUGUCUUCGCACGAAAAGCUAUCCGCAGCCGCCAACGACCGGAAGUCACGCCUCGCACAGCUCAAGUCGCUGAAACGGAAACAAGAACAAAUAUCAGACGCGCCAGAAGCUGCCGACUCGCCAUCCACCCAGCUCCAGGCCGAGACGUCGCAAGCUCUCACACGCACAGAUGAAGAGGAAGCAUCAGUAGCAGCCACAUACCUCUCCGGUCGAAACUACGAUGCGACGACGCGGAAUGUCAAGUUGGGCUUUGACAAUACACCAAUCGCCGACCCCACAAACACAUUGGAAUACAAGGCAGAACAGCUGGCGCUUGAAACAAAGGCGCAACAAGAAGCAGAAACGGCAGAGGACAAGGGACUGGACCUGUUCAAGUUGCAGCCCAAGAAGCCAAAUUGGGACUUGAAGAGGGAUUUGGAGCAGAAGAUGAAGGGACUCAAUGUGCAAACAGACAACGCAAUUGCCAAGCUGGUCCGCGAGCGAGUAGAAGCCCAGAAGGCCAUAAGAGAGAAGCAGCCGACAGACGGCAGCAAUGGAGAAGAGGUGGGUAUGGAGGGCAGUGAGCUGGUCGAGGCAAUGCAUCUGAAGGAGCAAGAGGACGAGCGAGAAAGGAAGAGGGAUGAGGAGGACGAGGACGUCAGUUGAGAGUGUAAAAUACGGUGGAUGCAAUUUGGAUCAAGACGGGAGUUGGCCGGGUUAUUGCACGCAAUCUCGACGAUCGGGUCUGCUUAAGGACGCCGAUAGGAGGA